AUGUUCUUCGCGAGCGACAUCGACAGCACGGCCCGGAUCAACAAGAACGAGUACGUGCUGCUAAGAGAGGCUUUCGUGAACCAGGAUCCAGCUUCCGCUAGCAGCGCCCUGAUUCAAGAGAUACAGCUCAGAGCGGGCUUCUUCAAGCAGGUGCUUUCGCGGCCUGCACAGAGGACUGCCAUCGGCGUCCGGCUCACGAACAAGGAGGCAGCCGACUUUGUGCACGACCUGUGCUCUGGAAAGACGCAUGUGCAAACCGUGGCCGACAAGCUGCUGCCGCGAAUUUGGGCAGACCAGGACAGCAUCAGCCUGGACGAGUUCGUAGGCGCUUUCCUGAAGGAGGGCAAAGUGAACGACCUUCUGGAGGCUCAGACGCUCUCGAUACGGGACAUCGUGGACACGGUUAAGGGCCAUUCCCACGGCCCUCGCCGAGGAGUGCGUGUAGUCUUAGACGGGCGCGCCGAGUCGGCGUUUCUUCCAACGCCCCUUCGUCCAAAGCAGGGCAUCGAUAGCGACAUCGUGGGCUCGGAAGCGGUGAAUGCAGACAUGACCCUCGAUCCGGAGGUUCGUGCCGUUGGCGGUUGGAGAGGCCCGAUCGCUGUUGCGCGGCAAUCCCCGGAGUACCAGGCCGCCAUGGAGGUCGUUGCGACAGCGAUGGAUAUUGCUCAGGAGGAAAGCACCCGUGAGGACGUGCUCGACCGCUAUUGGCUCACGAACGGGGCAGCUUUGGAGAAGCUGCUAGGCAAGGGCGAAUCACAACAGGCGGACAAGAUCUGCCUGCUGGCGAAGGCUUGCAGCCGCCAGUGCUCUGCUUAUCCCACUCUCGUUCGAGUGCGAGCACCGGCGAAGGUAUUCGGUGACAUCCACGGUCAGCUCCGCGAUUUGCUGCUCCUGUUCGGUCUCUUUGGAAAGCCCUACCACUGUGGUGGGGACAUCCAAACCAUGUCUUACGUCUUCAAUGGAGACUGGGUGGAUCGAGGCGAGCAUCAGUUGGAAGUUGUGACCCUGCUCUUCGCACUGCAUGUGCUCUACCCGCAGCAGGUGUACCUGGUUCGUGGGAACCACGAGUUCCGCGAUAUGAGCGAGAACAUGGGAGAGCUCGGUUUCCUGCACCACUGCCAGCAGCGGAUGAAGAAGCGCUGGAGACUCGUUUUUGAGGCCAUCCACAGCGCGUUUGACUGGCUGCCCAUCGGCGCGCUGGUUGGAGACAAGGCCCUGGUGAUCCACGGCGGAUUGGGUGAUGGUAGCUGGGGAUUGCAUGACCUGGAGCACAUCAAGCGACCCAUGCAGACCCUUGUGGACGACAAUGCCCUCAAUGCACUCUGGUCGGAUCCCAGUGACUCCGACCACUGCAUGGCUCGCGGUGUCCAUGCGAAUGAGGAACGCGGAGAGGGCGCAGGGAUUCAUCAGUUCGGACCCGACGUGACGCAGGCUUUCUGCCGGCGCGAGGGCAUCAACCUUGUCAUUCGCUCACAUCAGUUUGUGAGGCAAGGCUUCAAGGUGAUGCACGGUGGUCACCUGAUCACACUCUUUUCUGCGCGGAACUACCUUUGGGAGGAUGGUGAGGCCUCGGAGAACGCGGCCACUGGCAGGUUCUUCCUGCUUUUGGAUCUUCAUGCGUUGGUGAAGGAU